AAGCAAGAAGUAUUUAGUCAAAGGACUUCCCAAGGCUUGCAAUAUCCGACAAGAUAACCUUUCUGCUUCCUAAGGUCUUCGCAAUGAUUAUUCUCAUAUCCUCUUUAGUAUUCAUCAUCGCGUUACUGUUAUACAAGUUGAAUCCCAAAUCGACUCCUCCAUCCGUGGCACUGCUACGCACGGAGAAAACAGCUAACUCGCCUCCUUCAUCCAUGGCACCGCCGCCUCCUUCAUCCAUGGCACCCCUCCUUCAUCCAUGGCACCGCUGCCUCCUUCAUCCAUGGCACCGCUGCCUCCUUCAUCCAUAGUACCACUGCCUAUCUUUCCUCACCCCAUGGCACCGCCGCCUCCACCCCCCCCAAUCGUACCGGUUGAUUUCAUAACGAAAUCACACGAACUGAGAAAAGACCUGAACGCCCUUUGGAAUGACCCCCUAGCCCAAGUUAGGGGCAACUAUCUCAUUCUCACCACGGUUCAAGCUGCUCUACUCGCUGAAGACGGGUUCCCUCCCUACACAUGUGAUGGUUAUGAGUACAAGGUCAGUCUACUUGGACUAGCAGGCCUUGCAAGUUACUGGACACAUCAAGAGAAUCAUUUCAUGCAGCAUCUGGCAAAGACCCUACUUUCUAGACUACAAUCAGUCGCUCCAAAAUCCAACGAAACGCCAUAUCAGUACCAUGUUAAGCGGCUUGUUGGAAUGAUCAACCAGGAGAUUGUUCACUGUGAAUAUGGGAAACAAACAAGAGGUAUACUCAAGGAACUGAUACCUACACAAUCCAAGAACCGUUGUCAGCUCAGGAUUAAUGGGGGGCAUUCUUGGGAGGUAGACUUAAACAUGUUUCAUCUAAUCAACGGGUCUGUCAAGGUAGAACUGGCUAAUACAGUUGUUCAUGGAGAUAUGAAAGCUGAAGAUGAAGCACAGGGUUGGACAAAAUUAUCUCUGUAACUACUUCACUAUUUU